AUGGCAUUCGAACCCCUUCCCCUUCCCGACGAUAUUUCCGAAGACUACCUCGAUUGUACUUCUUCGUGCGGACUGAACUUCCAUAUCCUCAAGGCUGGCGAAGCAGGUAGACCGCUCAUACUGUUCUGCCAUGGUUACCCUGAGCUCGCCUUCUCCUGGCGUAAAAUCUUACCCGCCGUGGCAAAAGCAGGAUACUACUGCGUAGCCAUGGAUCAACGAGGCUACGGAAGGACGACUGGAUGGGACGACAAGCCCUACCAUGAAGUAGACCUGGCAGAGUAUACCAUCACCAAUCUCGUGCGGGACCUAGUCUGCUUGACGUACAGGCUCGGGUACACUGAUGUGGCCUGCAUCAUCGGACACGAUUUCGGCGCCGUAUCAUCUGCGAUGGCGGCAUUGAUACGGCCGGAUAUUUUCAAGGCGACCAUUCAGAUGAGCCAUCCGCAUCAUGCACUUCCCACACCACAGUUGGGCGACAAAGCCAAGCCGCCACCGGUUGAUAUACAAGCUGACCUAGCAAAACUGAGCCCACCAAGGAAGCAUUACAAGUGGUACAACUCCACUGCAGGUGCUGCCAACGAUUGGGAUCAUCCAUCUCAGGGACUUGAAAAGUAUUUGCGUGGUUACUUUCACUUGAAGAGCGCCGAUUGGGACAAGAAUGACCCUCACCCAUUGAAGGAAUGGAGUGCAAAGGAGAUUGAAGUGAUGCCCGAGUACUAUGUCAUGGCCAAGGAUGACUCCUUUCCUCAGACUGUCGAGAAGAGCAUGAAAGGCGAAGACUACAGCAAGACAGAAUCGUGGCUCCCUGCGGACGACCUGAGGGUAUAUGUGCAGGAAUGGAGUCGUACGGGAUUCCAGGGCGCUCUCAACUGGUACCGUGCCCAAACGGCCUCGACUCCUCAAUCCAAGAAGGACAUGCUUCUCUACGCCGGACGUAGGAUCGAGGUUCCGUGCACGUUCAUCAGUGGAAAGCAGGAUUGGGGCAACUUCCAGCAGCCCGGUGCGUUUGAAGCAUACGAGGAUGAGAAAUGUGUUCGACCUGGUUGUUUCAAAGGUACGCGAUUGAUCGAUCAUGCUGGUCAUUGGGUGCAGCAGGAGCAAAGCCAAGCUGUGACGAAAGAGGUGUUGGACUUCUUGAAAGGAUUGUAG